CUCUCAGUUAUCGGCCACAGACGAUUCAGAGCUUCUUUGUCAAAUGGAAGCUGCUCCUUGGUUGGGGUAUUCGGUUAUGAAUCGCAUUCACCCCCCUUUUUUACACUGCAAGCAUAUGAGUAUCUUCACGCACAACUGGAUAGGCCUUUUGGAUACGCUUGUCCAAGGAUGGUAAUCACGUACAUGAUUGGCUUAAUCUAGAAUCAUGGAUACCUUUCAUACCCUCUCAUCACAAGAUGGAACUAGUGGUCAACAUUGGGACAAUGCAGCCAUAAAUAACAUGGACCAAUAUUUUAAUGGAGUGAGCAAGACCUGCCAGCAGAGCUCACUGGAGCAGGGAGACAUCCCGUCAUCCUUUUGGCACCUGACAAAGCUUGAGAUUCAAAUCCUGCUGAACGAUGUUAAGCAUUCGAUUAACCACAUGCAGGGGACGCUGAACACCAUGCAGGGGCAGUGUAUUGAGUUGCAGACUGCCAUGUCUAAGAUCAUCACAGCAGCCGAAGUUGCUGUGCAGAGGGAGGAGAUCCCCCGAGCAUCAGGCCUCAACCCGUCACAGAGGGAGGGUAUCCUCCAAACAGUCAGUGUCCCUGUACAGAGGGAGGGUAUCCUCCCAACAGCCAGUGUCCCUGUACAGACGGAGGGGAUCCUCCAAACAGCCAGUGUCCCUGCACAGAGGGAGGGGAUUCUCUCAGCAGCUAGCAUCACUGCGCAGAGGGAGGAGAUCUUCCGAGCAUCAGGCCUCAUCCCUGCACAGAGGGAGGGGAUCCUCCAAACAGCCAGUGUCACUGCACAGAGGGAGGAGGUCCUCCGAGCAUCAGGCCUCAUUCCGACACAGAGGGAGGGGGUUCUCUCAGCACCUAGCAUCAUUGCUCAGAGGGAGGAGAUGUUCCGAGCAUCAGGCCUCAUCCCGUCACAGAGGGAAGGGAUUCUUCCAGCAUCUUCUAUCACUGCGCAGAAGAAGAAGAUCCUCAGAGCAUCAGGCCUCAUCCUUGCACAAAAGGAGUUGAUCCUCCUGAUGGCCAGUGUCACUGCGCAGAGGAAGGGAAUCGUCCCAAUGGCCAGCGUCCCUGCGCACAGAGAGGGGAUUGUCCCAAAGGCAAGUGUCUCUGCUGAGAUGGAGGGGAUCUUCCAAACAGCCAGUGUACCUGCACAGAGGGAGGGGGUUCUCCCAGCAGCUAGCAUCACUGUGCAGAGGGAGGAGAUCCUCCGAGCAUCAGGCCUCAUCCCUGCACAGAGGGAGAGGAUCCUCCAGAAGGCCAGCGUCCCUGCGCACAGGGAGUGGAUCGUCCCAAAGGCUAGUGUCCCUGCAGAGAGGGAGGAGAUCUUCCUCACAACCAGUGUCCCUGUGAAGAAUGGACACAAUCAUCCACAACCACCUCCCAUCAUCCCCAUGGUGGCACCACUGUGGAAAUGGGAUGGUGGAGCGUGUACUCCACCUGUGGAUUUCUAUUCCAAGAGAAGAGAUGUCCGACUUAGAUAUGUUGAGCAUCCUGCUAUGAUGUCCAUCACCAAGCCGGAACACUCCGAGGCCACUUCUCAGUGCCAGACUGGCAGCCGUCCGGUGGCUGAGCCCGAGACCCCUGCUGUUCACAAUAACAGUGGAGGCUGGCUCAGCUGGGUUUUUGGGAGGGGAAGAUUUAAUAAGAAGGAGGUUCAUCUACCUGAGGACAAAGACAGAUCUGUAAGGAACUGGUUCUUAACACUAUAUUCUAUGUAGAGACAAUUGAGUGGAUAAUUUUUUUUAUUGUGGCUUGCUUCACAUUGCUAACA